AUGAAUAAUUCAACUUCCUCAUAGCAAAUUGAACCAAAGAAUAAGCCUCUCAUACAGGAUCAUUCCAACAUUUUCUAAAUAGAAAAGCGAUCAACUUCAAAGAUGUUUUGGAACAAGAGAGUAAUUCAAUUAUCGAAUGGCAUGCUUAGUUAUUUCAAAGUUCCAAAAUAGUUGAAUGAAUUAAAUAAGAUGCAGCCCAAGAUAUCAGUGAUAAUAGAGAAUAUAUUAUACAUAGGACCUCCAGAAAAAGCAAAAAAGUAAAAUUCAAUAGAAAUAACAUUCAUGGCUAAAGAUGCAAUAUUCCCUUCUAAAGUGAAAAAUAGGAGCACAAACAUUAGUGUUAACAGUAGUUAUGGAAGAGACUUGAUGGCUGCUCAACAGCCAAUAGUAAUCACAAAGAAGAAGGAAAUCAUAAUUUGGGAAAUUGCAUUUUCAAAGCCAGAGAUUUUAAAAGAGUUCACUCAAAUAAUUGAUAAAGUGAAACAUCCAGAAAAAUAUCAAUAAUAAGAAUAAUCAUUGCCAAGAUAGUUUUAGCAAUCAUUACCUUAACAGCCAUCUUCAUAAUAAUCCGAAAUAAUAAAACAGAAAAGCAGUAUUCAAUAACAAUUAGAUACCAAUGAGAAAGAGAAUUAAUAAAGGGAAGUUCAACAGAUUUAGUUAUAAUUAGAAAAAUAAAGGUCUGAAUAACAAUAAAAGUAGGAAGAACUAUAAACCUAGUUGCAAAAAGAGAAGGAGAUUCAUUAGACCGAAUUGAGGAGUAGAAUAGAGAAGGAGUAGUACUUAGAACAAGAAAACUAAAUUUUAUAGAAGAAGAUUGAGGAAUAAACAAAAUAAGAAUAGUUGUUAUUGAAUAAGGAAGAAUAAAAGAAAAAUUUACUUAGGAAUAGAAUCAAGACUGCUUGGAAUUAUAAUUAUUUACAAGCUAUAGAAUUAGCUAAUAUGAAGGAUCCUAAAACUAUAGAGGAAUGUAUCACAAAUAGUUUUGUGUUGCAUGAAUCAAUUGGAAGAAUGAGAGAUCAUGCGAUGGAUGUUUGUUAAACUAUUAUUGAUGAAUUAUGUUUGCCUAAUUAAAUGAAAACGAUUAAGCCUACAGAUUGUUUAAAUGAGGAUAAAUACAUAAUGUAUAGUUAACAGGAUAAUACCAUUGAUUUUGGAGAUGAUUUCUAUAGUUAUGAUGGAUUAUUCAUUAAAUUGUCAUUCUGUCAAUUGAAAUCUCAGGAAAUUCAUACUCAAUAGGGGAAGUAAGAGAUUUAAAUUUAUGAAGAGUCUCAACUCAAAGCUUUGGGGAAUGAAUUUCGGUAUUUGUCUUUAUUAGCUGAAUAGAUUGAACUAUUGAUUUAGGAAGAAAACAAUUACCCUUUGAGGGUUCCACUCUCUUGUAUAAUAGAUUACAAAGGAAUUAGAGCAUUUGUUUUAGCAGUUCCUCCAAUUGAUGAUUCAACUUUAAUUCAUGGUCCAACCUUUGAUGGUUAAUUUGUAACAAACAAUGCAAUCUAACAAUAUAUGAAUUAAAUAAGUAUCAGAUUAAAUCUGAAAUAACAUAAGUUUUUUGAAGAUGAGAUGAUUAGUAAUGUGAUACCAAUGAGUUUAUUUUAGGAAGUCCAUAAAAUCAACAAAGAUUACAUCGAAUUAAGAUGGAUAGAAAAUGAAUAGAAUAUCAAUGAAUUCCCACCUUAGAAUCUAUCUUUAUAUUAUCUAUUAAAAUGUGGAGAUUUGAUGCCUGUUAUUCUAUUAGAAAAUGUUUAAAACACAUCCAGAUUGAGACCAGAACUCGUAAGAAAUUGGAACCAAGCCUUUAAAUUCUGA